UUUUAAAUGUGAAAUUUGUUUUCCACUAAGUUAUAACAGAUUCAUUUCAAAUAUUAAUUUACAUUUCUGACUAUAAACAGGCUGUAUACUGGAGGUUAAAAGCCCAUGACUUUGUGAAAACAAGUGAGGAUGAUGUUUAUGUAUUAAAAAAGCAGAACUUUUAACCUUUCAAGAUCAUUGUGUUUUACGCUGGUGUGUAACUACUGUGCCCCAAUUUAUCAGUUUAAUCAAGUUUGUAUUCAAGUCAUAUACAAGUCCUUACACAGAGGAAAUGUGUAGGCUUCUGCUUAUAUUAACUAACAAUUCUAAUAUACCUUUAUAAGGUUUGAUCCAGGAAUAUUGAAAUUAGUUAGUUUUUCUAUUGCCUUGCUGGGGUUUGGAUCAGGCACGUACUGCGCCUUUGUGUGAAGCUAGAACUUCACCAAAUGAGCUAAAUGUAACUGCUCUUAUUUUUCUAAGCCUUCCCUAUCUUCAGUUUGCUCUGAAAAAUAUGAAGAUAAGAAUCAUUUCCAUGUAAGGAAUGCAAAAUCUUCACUAUGUUUUCCUCUUCUCUGCCCUUUUAUUCAGCUACUCUUACCAUUUCAAAUGUUGGUAUUUGAGAGACAGAUUUAUCACCCUCAUCACUCACUGGUUCUCAUUCAUUGGCUGUGGCAUAACAGUAUGCCUCCGGGAAAUAUUGCAGAGACGAGAGUAGAAGCAAUCUUGCAAGGGGUUAAUGCUGUAAUCUUUUUCUAGGCUGUUUAUAAUCCCAACACUAGCCCAGUAACAGAAGAGGGUGGAUCUAAAAAGUACCGGAGGGGAUGUGUGUGUGUGUGUGUAUGUGCAUACAUGUGAGUGUGUAUGUGCACACCUGCUUUGCUUUUCUGAACUGCCUUGUUAGCCCCUGGAAUAAAUCUUGUUCAGCCUGAACAGGGCUCUGUGUGCUGGGUGCUCCUGUCAGAGACUCAGAAGAGCUUCCUUGCACAACUGCCUCUCUUGUAUUUCUCCUGAAGACUUCAUUCAGAAAUGUAUUUAUUUACUGAAAGAGUGGGCAGAUAGUUACAAACCCACCCUCUUCUUCAUCAAAGCUAAUCUGUGGAUACUGAAGAAUGGAAAUAGUUGAUGCAAGCUUCCUUGGGAACAAUACCAACAUUACUGCUUUCCUGUGCAAUAUCAUCUUGGAAAAUGACACUUUUUACUGUGUGAAUGAUCCACCUUAUCCUUCUAAAGAUUUUCAUCAGAUAAUUCGAAUUCUGCUGUAUUGUUUGAUAUUCUUGCUCAGCGUUUUGGGGAACAUUCUGGUAAUUACAGUGCUGAUAAGAAAUAAGCGGAUGAGAACAGUCACCAACACGUUUCUGCUGUCACUAGCAGUCAGCGACCUGAUGCUCUGCCUUUUCUGCAUGCCUUUCACCCUCAUUCCCAACCUGCUGAAAGAUUUUAUUUUCGGUAGUGCUGUUUGCAAAACUGCCACUUAUUUCAUGGGUGUCUCUGUAAGUGUAUCUACAUUCAACCUGGUUGCCAUAUCUUUGGAGAGAUACAGUGCCAUUUGCAAACCGCUGCAGUCCAGGGUCUGGCAGACAAAAUCUCAUGCCUUGAGAGUGAUUGCUGCUACCUGGUGUGUCUCCUUCACUAUCAUGUCACCAUACCCAAUCUACAGCAAACUGGUACCUUUUACCAAGUAUAACAACACCACAGCAAAUAUGUGCCGGCUCAUUUGGCCAAGUGAUGUCAUUCAGCAGUCUUGGUACACUUUUCUGCUACUCACACUCUUUCUUAUUCCUGGAAUUAUAAUGAUGGUUGCAUAUGGCCUAAUUUCUUUGGAACUCUAUAGAGGAAUAAAAUUUGAUGCCAGCCAGAGAAAAUCUUCACGAGAAAGAAAAAUAAGUACCUGCAGUGCCAAAUACGAGGAUGGAGACGGAUGCUACCUCAACAAAAGCAAAAGGAAAAGGAAAAUGCCAUUGAAACAGCUCUCUGCUAUGAGCCACAGCAAGAUAGAGAGGGUGAGAAGCAACAGCUCUUCUGCCAACUUAAUGGCCAAGAAACUCGUGAUCCGUAUGUUGAUGGUGAUAGUGGUUUUGUUUUUCAUUUGCUGGACUCCCAUCUUCAGUGUCAAUGCCUGGCGCGCGUUCGACACCGCUUCAGCAGACCAGCGUCUCUCAGGGGCUCCCAUCUCCUUCAUACACUUGUUGUCCUACACUUCUGCUUGUGUGAACCCCAUCAUAUACUGCUUCAUGAACAAGCGUUUCCGCAUGGGCUUUGUAGCCACUUUCACCUGCUGUGCAAAGCAAAGGCCCCCUGCCACACGGGGAGAGGCUGGUGAUGAAGAGGAGGGGAAGACGACAGGGGCUUCACUCUCCAAAAGUUCUUACACGCACAUGACUGUGUCUGCACCACCCUGAGCUGUGUCAGAGGAGGCAACAAGCGGCCUAUCAUCUGGUGUUGGAGAGUGACUGUGGCAUCAGCUGAACAUGAUUUACUUCUGAGUUAAUGAAACACUUCAGUUGACAGUAAACACAGUGAGAAUUCUAUGGGAAAUGGAUGCUAUCACUAUCUGAGUGUUAGAUCACUUUCCCUUCAAAAGUACAAAGGAGGAAGAGGGCUGUGAAGAUAAAGGACUUUGUAAAAAGCCUUAGAAGAUGCUCUGUUUGCCAUAAAUUUCAUUGUAAAAAUUGCUGUCCUUUACAUCAACAAUUUUGCUCAGUGUUCAGCUGGAGUUCUGAGUAUCUCCUAAAAUUUCCAAGAUGCUAAUAGAUUCUUCUCAAACAUGAAUACGUGUAUUGCAGUCUUCACUUCACUAGCUAUGCAUUAUAACCAAAAAAAUCUUUCUGUUAUAUUUGUAGUAUAUUUUCACAUUAUUUUAGCUGAGCUAAUACAUGUUGAGAUAAUUUUGGCAUCACACUCACAGAAGUUCUGGGGUGAGGAGCAUGGGCUUGUCCAUGUGAAAAUAAUACUUUUAUGUAAAAUAAUUUUUUUUAAUAAAAUGAAAAUAAAAUAAUAUAAAUAUUG